UAUCCUGUUAGAUUUCUAGUUUGUUAUUGCUGACGUCUUUACAUGUAAACCCUACCGGCUUUAUUUGUUUACAUUCGUGUAGACUGACAUUGCUAAAAAUAAUAAUAAUAAAUUGUAAAUUAAAAAAAAAGAAGUAAUGUCUGACGAUGUUUUGGCAAUCGUCAAUAACAUUAUCACUGCUAUUGACAAUGAAAGAACUGAUGUAAUAUGCUCAGUUGUAGCAGAAUUGAAAAAAAAUACACAUAACCCAGACAUUUUAGCUAAUGUUUUAAAUGGACUUCACACUGAAUUUGGUUCAGUUCUUCACUAUGCAACUAAACAUGGCAAAGUAGACAAGGUGAGGGCACUCUUGGCUGGAGGAGCAGAUCCUGGUACACAGAAUGCACAAGGCCAAGUUCCACUGGAUUUUGCUUCCCCUCAGAUAUGUACUGUUUACAACGAAGAGCUGUUGAAGGCAACUGCACAGUCUAAUCUAGGAAGGGUGUGUCAGCUUCUGGCAGCAGGUGUAAAUAUAAACCUUACAGACAGUCCUGAGAUGCUGAACACCCCUCUGCACUGGGCAGUUUGUCAUGGUAAUAGAGACAUUGUGCAGUGUUUAUGUGCAAGAGGAGCUGAUUUAAAUGCCUAUAAUGCCAGAGGGCUUACUCCUCUACAUGAGGCUGUGAAGAGAGGAGAUGCUGGAAUAUUGGAAGAGCUUCUGAAUUAUGGUGCUAACCCAGAUUUGCAAGUAACGUUAGGAGAAAAUGUAGGACAAACAGUGAUGGACAUGGCAGCUGGUAAAGAAUCUCUUUUACAAGUCCUAAGGGCCCCUCGCCAUUUUCUUGAACCUGUUGGAAAAAUCAAUCACAACUUUGACAGUAACAGUAAAGUAAAUCUAGCAAGGUUUGACAGUAUGACAUCAACAGACAGUGUCAUCACUAAUGGUCUUGAUGAUGAUGAUCUACAAUCACCAAAAUUAACUCUUCCACCAUAUCAGGAAACUAAAGCAAAGCUGGAGUCUAAAUUAAGUUUUGAGGCACCCAGUAUACCUCCAAUCAUAGUUGAUGAGAAACUCUUUCUACUGUGGCCCCAGGUCCAAAGCUUUAAGCAAGGAGGAGGCAAACCUUUUGUCAUCAGUCACGUAUUGCCUGUAUUUGUUAAACCUGGCCCACAGGGAACAGCAAGUGCCUCAGAUAUUGCCUUCCUUUGGAAUCUUCGACGUCAUUUGUUUGAGGAACUGGAUCUAGAACUUUCAUUAAACCUUUUAACACCACUGUCCAUGUUUGAAUCACCUCAUAUUAUCUGUCAUGUGAACAAACACCUUGCCUGCCAGCUAGGCUCUUACAGGCUGACAAUCUCCCCCAAACAGAUAAAACUAAUCUGUGGUGAUUUGGAAAGUUUAAACAAUGCAAUUUCAACAGUAUUACAAUUGCUGUCUUUGUACAAAGGAGAAAAUGCUGUUUCUAUCCCAACAUUACUGAUUGAUGAUUGGCCCAACAUGCCUUACAGGGGAGUUUUACUUGACAUAUCACAAGGGAGAAUACCACUGGUGGAAAAUUUGGAAGAAUACCUGGACAUAUUGUCACUGUUAAAGAUCAAUCAGAUAUAUUUUUAUAACCGUUUUCAUUCUAACCUUCCACCCCAAUGGCAAUGUCCCUACACACGCAGCGAGGUUCUUCAUCUCUCAGAGUUUUGUCAAAAAAGACGGAUGCAAUUGAUUCCAGUCAUUGAGGCAGGUCCGCGAGUACAGUUUGAGGAUCUGUCAAAACUGUAUUCUGUUUUUCAAGACUUUUUAGCUUGCUUUGGAAAAGCAGACUUUGUUAGUGUCGGCCCCAGGCUGAGCAGUUUUCUGUUGGAUCAGUCAGAUGACACUCUGGCUGUGGAUGAUUUUAUGCGUUACCUCCCCAUCUCAUCCCAUCAGACAUUACAGCUUUGUUCAUAUCCUCUUCAUGAAUUGACCACAAACUUACUGCAGCAGUUGCCCCCAAAUGUGAUAUUUCAAGAGUAUGCUAUCAAGGCUGAUCAUGACUACAAUAAACUUUGCACACCAUUGUCAGAACUUGGAAUAAAUUAUGUUGUUUGUCCUGGAACGGCAGCUUGGAACAGUUUGGCUGGUUGUCCUGAGGCAGCUAUUGGAAAUAUCUCUUCUGCAGCUACCAAAAGUGAAGGGGUCUUAGGCAUGGUGGUGUGUGACUGGACUGGCAAAGGGCAUCUUAACCACCAUCCAUUCUCUUGGCCUGGUAUUCUCACAUCAGCUGGGCUCUCAUGGAAUAAUACAAUUAAAAAAGAGACAUUGGAGCAACUGCUACCUGCUCUGUUAAAUCAACAUGUAUUUAGAGACAGGGGUGGAAUUCUAGGCAACAUUGUCAUGGAGCUUGGCAAGGCUGAGACCUACGCUAUCAAACGAGCCCGCAACCAAGAUGCCAAUGAUUACUCAGAUCUACCAGAGGAGCAAGGCUCCAUAUUGUACAGAUUCCUGACUCACCCUGAUGGUGUUCCACUUGAAAAACUUUCUACUGAUGCACUUCAGUAUGUCACUAAACUGGUUAGAAAAUGCCAGACAAAUCUACAGGCAGCAGACUCUCAAUGUAUUUUUGGUGAUGUGAUCAAGAUAGAGUUACAGCUGACCACAGAGCUCAUGCUUCUGGCUUGCAGAGUAGGAAAAGCUCUUGUUUUAUCUGGUCGCAAACCUGACACUCAAACUGGUUAUAGUGUGGUGAAUUUUGGAAUCAGUAAUUUGACUAUUACCACUAGAACGGAUCUAGCUAACAAAUUACUCGAGCUAAUGAAACAAUUUCGAGAAGUUUGGUCCCAGCAUUCCAACCCUAAUAUCGGCCUAGAGGAGUCAGUGGAGAGGCUGAGAAGUUUGUUCAAAGUUCUACUGCCUGACUCUUCUCACACAGAACAUUUAAGCAUUGAAUCAGGCUACUAAAGCCUCUGCAGAAGAAGUUUAAUGGCCUCUCCAGAAAGAUGUUAAUUAAUGUUAUGGAAACCCCUUUUUUUUUAGGCCAAUAAUUUGAUAUUUCUUGAUGUGAUAGAAUAAAUUAAUAAACCACUAAUUGUUAUCUAAAUAUAUUUUAUAUGAUGACUAAGAAGUGUUAUUAUUAAACAUUUUGUACUUGGAUGUAUUCGCAGCAAUGGUGGCACUUAUGAUAUUAUCAGUAGCACUGAUGAAAUAUUGUCAUGUAUGCUGGUAUUUUUAGUGAAACAAAUGGUUUUAACUGCUAAAUCAUGUAUGCUAGUGUUUUCAUUUAAACCUAUUUUUUUUUUACUGUUAAAUUAGCAUUUACUAGUGUCCAACACUAUUUAAUAUGCAGAUUUGUAUGUUGGUUGAUUGACUGGAGUGGUGUUAGUAUUUAGUAUGAUACAUAUCACAUGAUGAUAGUGGCUAGAUCUUUUCCAGUACUUGACAGUGUUCAUGUGCUUUCAACAUUAAAUGUUUCAACUGUUUGGGAAAUAGCUCUCAAGUCUACAAAGGAGCUUAAAUGGAAAUACACUCCAUUGUUUCUAUUAAAUUUCAGCAUUAAGUUGUAAGAAAAAUAGUUUUGUGAAUUUAACUUUAAAGCAUCACUACUGCACUAUGCAUAAUGUACCAUCAAAUUGUUAUUGGUGCUGUAAUUUCCUGCAAGCUGUUUCUUUUAAAUUACUUUUAAUACAACUUACACAUUUCAAAACUAAAUUGACUUCAGAACUGAAGGCUGUUACAUUCUGUUCAAACCUCCUGCAGGCUGGCAUGGCUUGGCGGUGUGCAAAGUUCAAACCCGUGAUGUCAGUUUGCAUACGGUCUCAUACCACAUGACCAAGCAACAAGUCUGUUUAUUUCUGUUUGAACAUAAUAUUAAAGAUGGCUGGUAAAGUGAAAGGUAUUUUUUUUUCAUAAUUUCAAGAUAGUCAGGAGUUCAAAUCCUGCUUUGCAGUAUUUUUGGGACAUUUUAACACAUUGUUGUUUUUCAGUGGUCCUAAUCUCUAUAUGGACUAUGUUAUAAAUAGCACACAAAAUAUAACAAAGCUCUUUUGCAAAUCAAAUGGAAGAAACCAUUUCUUUGAUUUAUGUAUUGAGAUGCAUUUGACCUGUUGAGUUCCCUUGUUUAAAUUCCAAUGAUUACAAAUUUAAUAGAACUGCAAUUUUUCACCACAGUUCAUUGUGUUUCACUAGAACUGCAUGUCUGUUAAUUCUAUGCACAAAUAUUCAUGAAUCUUGGGUUUAUCCAGUUUUUAAAAGGGAUACAUACUUCUGUUUUGGUACAAAAUAUUUUUUUGGCUUUUGACACACUGUGGCUUUUUAGGUUAAAUCAAAUGCAUUUAGACCUUUUUAAUUUUUGCAAUGCUUUUUUUUUGUUCAUUAUGUCAUUGCAUAUUUAAUGUUCAUACUGGUGGUGAAAAGAGAAGGAGAGCCUUUGGGGGAGGGGGGUUGAUAGCCAGUAAAAUAAAAUGUUUAUUUAUUUCCUUAUAUUUUACAGUAUUACCAUUACAUAUAUAUUUUUUUUUAAUUUCUUUAUUUUUAUGAUAUUGAUCAAAAUAUCAUUUUGUAUUCUUACAUAUUUGCUAUUGCUAUUUUUGUUUUUGUGGCUAAUUGUAUAACUCUGGAUUAGAACAAUUUAAAAAAUUAAUUUUAAAAUAUCUUUUUGUGAUAUUAGAUUACUAUGUCUAAGAAGUCUUCUGUCUUUCAAUGGGCGUUUGUAUCAUUUCUUUGAAUGUAAGAUCUGAUUGUUUUUCUGUGUUUUUUUCUAUUGACAAGUGUUAUGUUUUAUUUCAGACAUACUAUUCUUUAUCUUUUAAUUUGAGCUGGUUUAUACUUUGUUGGGCUUAACUGCAGUUUUGUAUUUAUUUAUUUUUGUAUCAUGGGCAAUAUUAAAAUAUAUUAUAACUUGCA